CUCGGGAGGCGGGGCGGCCGGGCAAGUGCAUCAGUCAGGUGGUGGGUAGCGGGCGACGCGGUGCCUCCCUCGCAGCGCAGUCGACUCAACACUCGUGGGCACCUCAGACUGCGGCCAUCACCGCGGCGCUCGCUGGAACGCAUUGCACGUCUUCGCUUUAUGCUCCCGGUUCUAACGGUGAUGGAAAGCACUUGAGCACCCACAGAUGAUAAGCUUUGCAGGUGACCACACGGAAGAUCUCAGCAAGAAGCGACGCACCACUGAUGAUAAGAAACAUGCAUUACGUUCUACUGUUGACCGCGUGUCUGUCGGCGACGGUGGCGGCGGAGAGUGACAGGCAGGGGAGACAGAUCUUUCAGCAGCUAACGUCCCACUCGACCGUCGUGGCCGUGCAGUACCAGCUGUGCGAAAAGGAAGGGAUCUUGGGCGCCUGUCUGCCCAGCGCCGUGUGUCAGCAACAGGGGAAGUUCAUCGGCUAUUGUGGCAACAGUGACAACUACUGCUGCAAGGUUAUCAAGACCUGCGGGGGGCGAACCACCUCCCACCAAGCCUACUUCAGGAAUCCCAACUACCCCGGUCGGGAUAGCGAGGCGAGGGUGUGUCCCUUCGAGAUGGAUAUUGGCAAGGAAGUGUGCGGGGUGAGGCUAUACUUCGACUUCUUUGAGCUAGCGAAGUUCGAGAGUGGCGUCUGCAUCCGGGACACCCUCACCGUACUCGGAUCUGCGUCUACGAAGUUCGCAACCACUCCUGUCUGCGGCAACCUGACCAACUGGGCGACCACGUUCGCGGUGAAGUCCGGCAGCCGCGUGACGCUCGCCAUGGUUCUGCAAGGGAUGCCGUCAUACAAGUUCUCCGUACGUGUGACGCAGCUGCCGUGUGGCCAAAUAACAACCUUCCACUCUCCCACAUACGCCGGGGUGAAGAACGUGAACGCCCCCCCAUACACCCCCACCACCACCCCAGCCCCCACCGAGGAACCGGGGACCACGCCCACGGACUUCCCGACGGAGCCCACGACGCUGAUCCCCGACCCAACCACCGACGUUCCUACCACCGACGUGCCCACCACCCUCGCCCCCGGAGUCGAUCCCAAGCCCACGACGCUGACGCCCGGGAAGCUGCCUGUCCCCAAGCACGACAAGGUGGUAAUCAAGGCCGAGCAGGGGGAGAGUCCGCCGGUGCUCGAGGGAGUGGACUCGGUGCCCGCUAUCUCGGCCUUCAAGAGAGCGUUCGAGUUGGAGGUGAACGACAGGUUCGCGUUGAAGGUGAACGAGAGGUGUUGGCAGUACGAGGACGAGUCUGACGCCGGCUUCAGGAUCAUCGGCGGCUCCAACACCAACAUCAACGAGUACCCGUGGCAGGUGGCGCUGGUGUACAAAAAAAAGUUCUUCUGCGGCGGCUCCCUCAUCAGCGACAGGCACAUCCUCACCGCCUCGCACUGCAUCUUCGGGAGCUUCUCAAAGGGCAUCCACGAAGUCGUCGUCAGCAUAGGCGACCACGACCUGGCUACCCGCGAUGAGACCAAUCACACGGUGGGACGGGUCAAAUCCAUCAACUGGAACAUCCACUACAACCCCCACACGACCCAUAACGACAUCGCCAUUUUGGAGCUGCAGGAGCCCGUCGAGUUUGACCAGUACAAGAACGCCGUCAGGCUGCCCACCGACCUGGACGAAGACUACCUCGAUGCCAACGCCACUAUCACGGGCUGGGGCAGGUUCAACAUCAGGCACAAGAAAACCAACACCAUCCUCAAGGAGUACACGGGGCCGCUGCUCAACACCUCCGCGUGCGUCGAGGCGUGGAACAAGUUUCCCGGCAUCAACGCUGAGCUCGACCAGCACGUCUGCCUGGACAUCACCUUAGGAACGCCGUGCCACGGAGACAGCGGAGGCCCCCUGGUGGUGUGUUCCGGAGGGGCGCAUUGCACACAGGUUGGCGUGGUCAGUUUCGGCUUCCCUCUGUGCACCAACGUGGGCCUCCCUGCCGUGUUCGCGCGGGUCACCCACUUCAAGUCUUGGCUGGACAUGACCACUCACCCGCUGUCGGUGCUCCACGUGUGAUGCGGAAAAACCGAAAGAAGGGCAGAGUGGCCACCGGCAGGACGAGGGAGAAAGGGAGAUGAUUACUAACCAACGAGGAGGAAAUAAGUGGAAAGAAAAGGAAGAGAAUAGACUGAAGGGGUACAGGAACGACUGACUGACUUCCGGUACGACACCUGAAUGAAGGAGUCAGGAGAUGAAAGAAAUGAUUAAAAGUUGUAAAUGAAAGAAAUGUGACGUGGGACAAUUUCUGAGGAUUCGCAGACAGACAUGGCGAGUCUAGAACGAAUCGACAGAGUAAAAAAAAAAAAAAAAUAGAA